AGAAGAACAAGAUGGCAAAUAUGUUAUUUUGGUUGGUAAUUUUAAUCCCUGGACGGGCCCUCUCUGAUGGGUCUGAAACAGAACCAGACUUCACGUGGCACUUGAGCAGAAUACCCCAGGUUGUGAGUGAGAAGACUGUCCAUCUUGCCAGCCCCACGUUCCAGGCAGAUUCUGGGGUGGUGAAGGCCACAGUGUGUGGCAUCGAAUGUCAGGAAGAGCUCCCGGCUCCCAGCCUUUCCCAGUUGGAAGAUUCCCUAUCCUAUGAAACCAUUUUCGAGAAUGGCACCCGAACCUUAACCAGGGUGAAAGUUCAAGGUCUGGUCCUGGAACCCACUCAGAACAGCAGCGUAAAAGGUGUACACCCUAGGAGAAGGAGGCAGGUGUACGGUACGGACAGCAGGUUCAGCAUCUUAGACAAAAGGUUUGCGACCAAUUUCCCUUUUAAUACAGCAGUGAAGCUGUCCACCGGCUGCAGCGGUGCCCUCAUUUCCCCCAACCAUGUGCUCACAGCUGCCCACUGUGUCCACGACGGGAAGGACUAUGUCAAAGGCAGUAAAAAGCUGAGGGUGGGAGUGCUGAAGAUGAGAAACAAAGGAGGCCGCAAGAAACGCAGAGGUUCCAAGAGGAGCCGGAGAGAAGCAGAAAGUGAAGGUCAAAGUCAGGCGCAUCCUCGGGAGAGCACCACCCAAAGACUAGAGAAAAAAUCCAGGCGUGGUCCAAGAGUCACCCAAGGAAGGCCUUCCUUCCAAUGGACCCGUGUCAAGAGCACCCACAUUCCCAAAGGCUGGGCGAGGGGAGAGAAUGGGGCCCUGGCCUUGGACUAUGACUACGCGCUCCUGGAGCUGAAGCGCGCACACAAGCAGCAGCACAUGGAGCUGGGAGUCAGCCCCACCAUCACCAAGCUGCCGGGAGGCAGGAUCCACUUCUCUGGAUUUGACAAUGACAGGGAUGAUCAGUUGGUGUAUCGGUUUUGCAGUGUUUCCGAGGAAUCCAAUGACCUCCUGUAUCAGUACUGUGAUGCCGAGGCAGGCUCCACAGGCUCGGGGAUCUAUCUGAGGCUCAAAGAGCCGGGCCAAAAAAAUUGGAAGCGCAAGAUCAUCGCAGUCUACUCAGGCCACCAGUGGGUGGAUGUGCACGGAGUUCAGAAGGACUAUAACGUGGCUGUGCGCAUCACUCCGCUCAAGUACGCCCAGAUUUGCCUCUGGAUCCACGGAAACGCUGCCAACUGUGCUUACGGCUGAGGGAAAACUGAAGCGAGCUUCAUGCACAUCUUGAAUCCCAGAGAAAGCCAGAUCUCAUUGAGAUCACUCGCAGGCUGUGCCUAGAAUUGGACUAUCAGUGAUUUUUACAGCAGUUUUGUUUUUGUUUUUGUUUUUUUACAGACUUCCUUUAUCAAAAUUAGGUUACAGUUAAAAUGUUUAGUUACAGAUACUGAAACUAGAUGGCACUUCAGCAACAAGUAUAUAGUCUUUAUAUGGUGGUAAGUUUCGUUUUGGGGGAAAACCAUUUGUUUACUUGGGCCUUUUUGGAUGCCAGACACUCUUUUAAAACACCAAACCAGAACUGUAAUGUGACUUCUCAAUGGACUAGCUCUUGAGUCCUACUCUAGGAAUAACCUAGGAGGAUGUAGUUAUAUGCUCAACCUUUAUGGAAAAUAGGAAGAUUCACAGUAACACAGAAUCAGGGGAGACAGGAGGUUUAGUUUUCAAUGUGAUGAAAUGCUAUUCCAUUCUUGCCCUCAUUGUUUAUAUGUGUCUUCUCUUGGUACUGAGAAACUUAUUUCAAGAACUAUAGAACAAAACAUAUAAAAAUUACAAAUCAAAUAUACUAGUGAGCUGCAUAAACAAAACUAGUAACUGUGGCUUUAAAAACU